AUUUGGGUUAAUAGAAAUGUCAGUGUUUUGCGCAGUUAAUAUCUGCACAGAAUUUGCAACAUGAAGGUCACCGCUUUAAUUGUGGUCGUUUGCGCGGCCAGCGUUUUGGCGAAAGUUCCCACAAAGGAAGAGCGGAUUAACUUUGGGGAUUUUUUGGCGAGCUUGAAACCCUAUUUGAACAGUUUGAAACCUCUGCUUCAAACAACGACACAAAAGCCUAAAGAUCAGAAUUACAACUACAACAGCAAGAGCACUACUAAAAAUCCAUUCGAUUCAAAUUACAAUUAUAACAUCCAAAGUACUACUAGUGCCCCAUACGAUAACUACUACAAUUAUGAUGCUUCUUAUAAUUACAAGGGGCAAUAUGAUUCAUCCUACAACUAUAAUUAUGACUCCAACUACAACUACGGAGUGAACUACGAUCCAUCUUACAACUACGGGGGUCAAUAUGAUCCAUCCUACAACUACGGGGGUCAAUACGAUCCAUCCUACAAUUAUGACUCCAACUACAACUACGGAGUAAACUACGAUCCCAACUACAACUACAAUUACGAUCCCAACUACAACUACAAUUACGACCCCAAUUAUAGCUACAACUACGAUCCAUCCUAUAACUACGGAGGAAACUACGAUCCAAACUACAACUAUGAUUCAUCCUACAACUACAAUUAUGACCCCAACUACAACUACGAUCCAUCCUACAACUACAAUUAUGACCCCAACUACAAUUACAACUACGAUCCAUCCUACAACUACGGAGGAAGCUACGAUCCCAACUACAACUACAACUAUGAUCCAUACUAUUACUACAAUUAUGACCCCAACUACAACUACAACUACGAUCCAUCCUACAACUACGGAGGAAGCUACGAUCCCAACUACAACUACAACUACGAUUCAUCCUACAACUACAAUUAUGACCCCAACUACAACUACAACUACGAUCCAUCCUACAACUACAAUUAUGACCCCAACUACAACUACAACUACGAUUCAUCCUAUAACUACAAUUAUGACUCCAAUUACAACUACAACUACGAUCCAUCAUACAACUACGGAGGAAGCUACGAUCCAUCCUAUAACUACAAUUAUGACCCCAACUACAACUACAAUUCCGGAGCGUAUUACGACCCAAGCUACGAUUACAACUUCUCCGGGGCACCAGCCGCUGCAGCCUAAUUCUAUCCGAGAUUCAUCACAAACCUCUAAAAAUUAAUAACCAAGCAAAACUAUAAAUAAAGCGGCUUUAAAAGCAUGGCAUGUAAAACAUCUCCAA